CAAACGCAACCAGUCAUUUGUCAAAUUUUGUAACGAAUAUUUCCUAACCCCAAAUAGUUUUAAUUAAAUUUUUGGAUUAUUCGUUUCAUACGUAUUAUAAAAUGGCUCAGAACGUUAAUCCUUUUUUGGAACAGCAGUCCAGUUCAAACAAACAAUCGGACGAUUCGAGAAAACUUCAAAACGAUAACCAUGCAGUAACAAAAAGGUUGCACAAAGAGUUAAUGAACCUAAUGAUGUCCCAAGACAAAAGUAUAUCGGCUUUCCCAGAGGGUGAAAAUCUUUUUAAAUGGAUUGGAACAAUAUCAGGGCCCAAGGAUACAGUGUACGAAGCUCUUAAGUUUAAAUUAAGUUUUUUAUUCCCACACUCUUACCCUUACACAGCCCCAACUGUAAAAUUCAUUACCCCAUGUUUUCAUCCGAAUGUAGAUACCAAUGGCAAUAUUUGCUUAGAUAUUCUUAAAGACAAAUGGUCUGCCUUGUACGAUGUUAGAACAAUUUUAUUGUCAAUUCAAGGUUUAUUAGCAGAACCUAACAAUGAUAGCCCCUUAAAUUCUCUGGCUGCAGAAAAAUGGACUGAUCAAGAUGCUUUCAAAAAGUUAGUACUAGAAAUAUAUAAAGAGUAAUUUAAUUAAAUUAAAUGUAAAUUGUUAGUUAAGGUUUUUCAAAUGUUUGUUAGGUUCACUGAGCAUGUGUAAUAUGAUUUUAAUUGAUUUAUAUGACUAAUAUUGAUAAAAUUUGCUGUAUAAUUGUACGAUUGGUUCAAAAGAAUUUUAAUCAUACUUUGCUAGUGUAUCUA